AUGGAAAAGUUGAACAUAUCUCUAACUGAAGCCAGCCAGCGAAUCAUCUCAUGCCAGAAACAUUGGAGGGCGACAAUCGCGCGCCGAAACUUCCAGAAGAUGCGACUUCAGGCUGAACAGUAUCGCCAGGAGGUGGAAAAGUUUAUCGCCAUGGUGGCUCAACAACUCGUGGUCUUGGAUGCAAAAGUCAGGCAGACUUCUUUGGAGGACGCUGCCAAUUUAGAAGAUGAGAUGAAGAGAGCAAAAGAAGCAGAAGCUCAAAAGAAUCAGCAGCAGCAGGAGCAGCAACCACAGUCACCACAGUCACCACAAUCGUCACAGCCGGUCCAGCGUCGUCAGAAAGGUACAAUCAGUGCAGCCGCUGGGAAGGAGAUAGCCGCACAGAUGAACGAGGGUAGCAAGAAGAAAGACAUGGGCUCCAUUCCUGAAGAAUUAUAUUUAAAUUGGUUGAAAGAUGGAUACAAAUUUGUUACAAGGUAUCCGCUGACGCCAGAUCCAGGUCUGCUGACGCCAGAUCCAGUCCUACCUGAGGUGUACAAGCCCAUCAUGAACAUCAACAAUCCCGACCCAUCUGUUGUUUUCUUGCAAGAAUCCCUUGUCAAAAUGAACACACUGCAACGCGAUAUAUGGUGCAAGAUAUAUUUGAUGGAGAAGAAUGCCAUUGUAGGCAAGCUCUACGUCAAGGAUAAGGAGGUGUUGUUAGAUGAUUCUAACAACAACUACACUGGCACUCAUGUUGGUAUAAACUCACAGUCGUUCGAUCACCUACAAGAUAGCGAUUGCUCUAAAACUAUUAAACACAUUGGAAAAGGAUUUAAAUUAUCCCAUGACGAAUCCUUCAAUGUUUAUCUGACCUCAUACACGAGUCUCAAUGUCUACGUUAAUGGUGCCAACGAACCCGAGAAAAACUGUUUCCCCAAAGGACUGGACAAAAAGAAUCACAAACUAUCUAAAGAAAAAACCAAGGUAUUCGACAUGGAAGUUUUUAAAUCUCGCAUCAGCUCCGAGCUGUUGAAGAAGGAUUUCGACGUCGCGAGGCUCGUUAAGUUUGCUGUAUUUAGUUUUUCAGUCGACAAAUGCUCAAAUAAAUUGGUCGAUCAACAGUUUUGGGUGGCAGUUGUCCACCUGGCUGCUCUGGAUUUGCUGGGGAAAAAUGAUGGAUCUUUGGAGCCGACUUCCGUUCCGAAGAUUUGA